AUGCUCAUGGGUAUGAGCGGUAUGUGGAUCUCGACGAUUCUACUGGUAGUUGCCCUAUCAUUGAGCGCUAACGGUCACCAAUGGGCCAGUUAUGGCGCUAUCGUGUUUGUGCUGCUGUUCGUCAUCUCAUUCGCUACUGGACCAGGCUCAAUUCCGUGGUUCUUCGUGUCUGAGAUUUUCGCAUCGAGUGCCCGAGGUAAUGCCAAUUCGAUUGCUGUAAUGGUUAACUGGACGGCUAACUUGAUAGUUGGACUCACAUUCCUUUCCCUAAACAAUGCUCUCGCUCAGUACUCGUUCCUUGUGUUCACUGCUUUCCUCACGUUCUUCAUUAUCUUCACAUGGCGAUUCGUACCAGAGACCAAAGGAAAGAGCGUGGAAGAGAUCACUGCGUCAUUCGAUAGCCGAAAACGUUAA